AUGGACAGGGAAGUGCGGCGUGCCUGGCGCACCGAUAGCAUCCGUUCUGUAGAUGGAGCAGUCAGAAGCGCCUGGGACGUUAUCAGAGAAGCGGAACGUCUCGUACGCAAUGACGACGUACUCGGACUCAAAGACCUCUUGAACUCUCUGGAGCCACAAUGGGCCAGAGUUACAACGUUCCUGCAACUAUCUAUCGAAGCUACGGAAGAGACGCGGGAUGACGGAUGCUGGCAGGAUGAUAAUUCACGGGACAUGUCUCUACUGGAACAUGCGACCGCUUCAGGUGCUUUUGAAGUACUCCGGUACUUGAUGUCGCCAUGGUCAAAUCUCGAAGACGUACCGCGGAGCCGAACUAUUCUGCAUCGCGCUGUACAGCGUGGUCACCUAGAGAUGAUGACUUUCCUGGUGCGAGACAAAGACGCCGAUUUGGAUUUGAUAUUGGAGAGCGGAGAUUGGGAACUAAGCCCCUUAGCAGUGGCGAUCGAGUCAGGCGACAUCAAUAUUGUCAAGCAUCUGCUUGAUCUUGGAUGCAAUCUGCAGGCGAAUUGUGAUGAUCGUUCAUCGCCGGCAGUCUCUUUUGCUUUGAGGGAGGGGAGCCAGGAUAUUGCUCAAUGGCUUAUCGACCAGGGAGCUUCUGCUACGAAUCCCGAUAGCGAGGGCCGCACGCCACUCCACUAUGCAGCACGCGCUGGUGCGCUGAGUUUAAUGCGAGCUCUAUUACGCUUGGGCGCGGAUAUCGAUGCCGGAGACAAACCAUACUUGGAGACGCCGCUAUGCGUUGCCGCUCAAUACGGCCAAGUGGAUGCGAUGCGUUUCUUGCUGGAGGCGGGCGCGAAGGCUGAGCGCAUUUCAGGACAGUGCCCGGGCUCGCCUGUAUAUGCAGUAUAUUCCGGAUUCCUACGAUGUGGAUCAUCUGCCCUUGAUCUACUGGUCGCUUGGAAAGUCGAUCUCGACCGCAUGUAUGAGGACAAGAGCCAAAUGUGCACUGUUCUGAGCUGGAUUUGUCGAUAUUCUGGAAGUCGAUCAGACGGGAUAGGAUAUCUGGUAGGCGCUGGAGCGGACAUUAAUCUUGGAGAUCGACCACCAGUACUUGAGGCCUGGCAACAUGGAACGGUUGAGACGGUCGAAUUCCUCCUCAGAUCCGGAGCAGAAUAUGAAUCUUUACAUCUUGAGAAAGUGCCAGUCGAGGACCCAUCGUGGGAUCCAGGCAGGGGACACAAAAAAGUGCUGAUUCUCCAGGCCUGGAAAGAGGCACGCACACAGGCAGGCUCCUUUUCCGGCUAA